GAUGGAAGUUUGAAACAUAGAGGGGUGAAAAGUUUUAAAUUUUGUUUUCCUGGACAUAACAUAAUAAAUAUUUUUCUAAUUUAGGCUUCUUACAGAAUUAAAAAAUAAACAGCAACAAAAUGGAACAAGGACAAACUGGAUAUGGAGGUGUUGAAGGACCUGAUGCCAUGUAUGUAAAGUUAAUUUCUUCAGAUGGUCAUGAGUUUAUUGUUAAACGUGAGCACGCAUUGACAUCAGGAACGAUCAAAGCUAUGUUAAGUGGACCAGGACAAUUCGCCGAAAAUGAAGCAAAUGAAGUAAAUUUUAGAGAAAUACCAUCCCAUGUUCUUCAAAAAGUUUGUAUGUACUUCACUUAUAAAGUUCGAUAUACAAAUAGCUCAACUGAAAUUCCUGAGUUUCCAAUUGCUCCUGAAAUAGCAUUGGAGCUCUUGAUGGCUGCAAACUUCUUAGACUGUUAAAUCGAAUAGACUUUGUCACUUCAAUUCUUCUAAGCUUAGCCUUCUUCAACACUUUGUUUGAUGUUUCGCUGCUUUCUCAAUAAUCAACUCAACAAAAUAAUGGUUUUCUUCAUUUGAUUAUGUAUUUAAUGUUGUAAAGCAAAAUUGUCAAAGAUUAUAAUUUAUUAAUUUUGAUUUUACAUUAUUAAAAUGAAAUUUUUAAAAACAUUGUUUCAAUAAAUUAAAUCAUCCUUUGAUAUAAAUUAACGAAUUUAAAGCUUAAACGCGUGAUAAUUGUAAUAACAUUGAUAAAGUUUCAGAGAGUUUCCUAAUAGUCCACAUUGAGCAACA